AGGUGUCAGCACUCGACAAACCAGCACAGUGACAGGAGAAACGUCCAGGAGCAGCCUGGCCUGGCCCAGUCUAGAGUGCCUCAGGUCCAUCUCAGUCCUGUUCAAACACCUGGAGAGUCAACCUGAUGGAGCAAAACCAGGUCAGAGAGCUGUGAGUUUAAACUGGAUCCAGUUCUUGAGUGUUUGUUAAUCCACACUACACCCUCACAGCAGGUGUUUGUCUGAGCCCUGCGACACACCUGGAAGACACCGCCAGGUGGUGGAGGUCAGGCACAGAUAGGCAGGAGAAAUGAAAUGAUGCUGAAGAAACAUCACGCGAGUGUUUUUCCAGCCCCUCUCUGAACAGCUGACAGCAGAAGAAGAAGGCCAGCUGCUCUAUUUAUAGCAGAGUCCCUCAGAGUCUCAGACCUGAUCUGUCGUAGUCCUGCGCUGCUGCUUGCCGUCACACAACCAGCUCCACCGUCCGUCCACCAUCAUGCCCGGCAGCCAGGCCCGGUGUCGGACCAGGGACAGGAACAACGUCCUGAACCGGCCCGAGUUCCUGUCCCUGAACCAGCCCCCCCUGAGGGAGCAGGGGCCAGGAGAGGGGCGGGGGGGCAGCAGUCUGAGGAGAACCUCAUUCAGACAGCACAGUCAGCAGGAGGACACAGGAGGGAGGGGGCCAAGGGACUCCUCGGAGGGGUGCUCAGCAGCUGAUGGGGGGUUGAAGGAGACGCCUCGCUGGCCGGAGCAGGACUGUAUGCAGCUGAAUCCGUCAUUUCGAGGCAUCGCCAUCAACUCCCUGCUGGCCAUCGACAUCAGCCUGUCAAAGCGUCUGGGAGUGUGCGUGGGGGCCCACAGCUCCGGGGCCCCAUUGCGCUCCAUGGUGACCCUGCUGGCCUUCAGUGGACAUGCCCUACCCUGGCUCUGUGGGACUCUGAUCUGUCUGUGGAGGAGCAACACGCUGGCAGGACAGGAAGUCCUCGUCAACCUUCUGCUGGGUGAGAAUGAAGCAUUCCAGGCUGAAAGAACAGCUCUUCUCCUGGAUCUAAUGACGGUCGCUGGAAUGCAGAAGUUGGUCAAACGCAGAGGACCGUGGGAUUUCCCUCCAGGGUUUUUGGACUACGUUGCCAUGGAUACAUACUCUUUCCCAGCGGCUCACGCCAGCCGAGCCGUCAUGGUUUCCAAGUUCUUGUUGAACCACCUGGUGCUGGCGGUGCCCCUGAGGAUCCUACUCUACCUGUGGGCCUUCCUGGUGGGCGUGUCCCGAGUGCUGCUGGGUAAACAUCACCUCUCAGACGUCGGCUGUGGAUUCGCUCUUGGCUUCCUGCACUUCCGUCUGGUGGAAUCUGUGUGGCUGGACUCUGCUACCUGCCAGACCCUCAUCUCCAUCGGCACGCUGCGCUGGACUCCACUGGUUUAGGUUGGACCACCCUGAACUGGUUUGGACUGGUUGCUGUGGGUGUAAGUCUGGACUCCAUUUGCUCACCUGCAGUGGCUGAACACAUUUUUAAACCGGAUUGAUGCAAAUCCAUUUCUGAUGAGGUAAUCCAGAUCCAGUCUGGUUUUAACUGGUCAGUCUGUACUUAAUGAUCAGCUCCAACUGCACGUUGGACAUGCCUUGUUUAGGCUAAUUUGGACUACUUUGGGUAGAGUUAAUAUGGCUGUAGUCCAGGUUGCACCUGGUCUUGCUGGAUUCAGUCUGCCACACUGGCUGUGACUGGUUUGGGUCAGGUUCGACUGGUCCAGUCAGGCGAGAAGCCGUCACAGUUUGAUGUUUUUGUGUUCCCAUCCGGCUGAGUGGACAAAGUCGAACCUGAGACCGAAAACUGCCGGCUGCUGUUGGUUAACCUGAGAGGAAACCAGAGCUCCGAGUGUGGAGCAGCUGACCUUCAGCUCUCAGGGUUUUUAGGCUUUUCAUGGAGUGUCUCGCUGUAAAUGAAAUUUAAACCAACUUCAGCGCUGCAGUGACGCUGGCUGACGGCAGCGUAAGGAAAGAGAAACUGAUUUUAUUCACCAAAAUUCAUCUCACUGCAAAGUUUGAGGAAGCAGCAGCAAACUACAUCAAAUAUUAAUUUUACAGCAUUUAAAAACUUUGUUUUCAGGUUUGAUUC